AUGGGGUUUGGCACAUUUGUUCACCACAUUGGCACGCUGCUGCUACUCGUCGCGACGGUGCUGCUCAUCAUUGUCAAUAUAACGGCGCCCGUCGUCAACAACAUCUCCAUACUCAAGGUCGACCUCGGGCCCACCGUUGUAGGAACGCAGGUGACCUUUGGCACAUAUGGUUAUUGCCACCGCGGCAUCAGAAACACGGAUCAAUGCUCCAACGCGAGGAUCGGCUACAAUCCAGCGGCCGUGAUGAACACGGUCGCCGGUACCGACUUCUCUAGCGCCUCGGAGAAUACGUCCAAGGGCCUCACGCGGGCCAUGGUGCUGCACCCGGUCGCGACGGUCCUGUGCUUCAUCGCCUUUUUGCUUUGCCUCGGCACGGGCAUCUGCGGCUCGCUCAUGGCCGCCAUUUUCUCGCUGCUGUCCUUUGUUAUUACCAUCAUCGCCAUGAUCUGCGACUUUGUGGCCUUUGCCAUCAUCAAGCGCGCAGUCAACGACGACGACCGCGCAAGGGCCUCGUGGGGCCCCGGCAUCUGGCUGAUGCUUGUCUCGGCCAUCCUGACGCUCGCCGCCGCCGUCAUCGUCUUCAUCACCUGCUGCGCCGGUCGCUCUAAGAAGCGCCGGUCUGCGGCAACCUCCAAGGAGGGAUACGGCGAACCCGCUCGCCGGCGCUUCUGGCAGCGUGGCGCUCGCGUCUAG